CAACAAUGACAUUCCAAAUAAUAGUGUGAAAGCUGUCAGAUCGCCGUCCAUCAGUUCAACUUCCUCAAGUAAAAAAAAGGCCGCUUCAUCAAAUGAGAAAGCACACCCAAGAUUGACUGAAAUUCUGCAUAGGAAAGCACAAAACUCUAAAACGAUCAGACUGAAUCCUGCCUCAUCUAAAACUGUUCUGAAUGGAGUAAAGAAUCCUUCCUUAUCCCAGAAAUUGGAUUAUUUGAAGAUGUUACAAAGCCAAAGAGAAGCUCUUUCAACUGAAACAAUGGUACCUCCAACACUGUUAAGGUAA